ACACCCCCUCAGCCGGCUGGGGCGCAGCCAUUUUAAUUCAUAUCUGAGUGGGCGGUGGCGAUUUUUGCGGCGGCUCUGGCUCCGAGGGACAAGGGGUAGCGUUACUGGUUUUGGUGGGGUUGGUUUUAGUUUAAAAUUUUCCUUUCUAGCUUCCCAUUGCCGGCCCGUGUGUACGUUGUAAUCCUCUGAGGCCAUGUCAGGAGACGCAGCCGCGGAGCAGGCAGCUGAAUAUGUCCCAGAGAAGGUGAAGAAAGCGGAAAAGAAAUUAGAAGAAAAUCCAUAUGACCUUGAUGCUUGGAGCAUUCUCAUUCGAGAGGCACAGAAUCAACCUAUAGACAAAGCACGGAAGACUUACGAACGCCUUGUUGCCCAGUUCCCCAGUUCUGGCAGAUUCUGGAAACUGUACAUUGAAGCAGAGGUUAAUAUUUUAUUUAUUUUUUCUUAUAUAGCAUCUGAUGGCAAUUACAGCUUACACUAUAGUGAUAGGAAAGAAGGUAGGAGCAUAGUAUAAUCAGGACAUGGAGGAUUUAAAUGUCUCUGCCUUUAUUUUGUAAAAUAGGUAUGAAGGAGUAAUUAAAAUGACUUUGAAAUUUGGGUCUUUCACAAGCUGAUGAUUGUUGCAUUUCUGGAGUUGCAACAACAUUAAAACAGUUUCAAUGGUG